CAAUCUGUCUUUUUCAGAUUUGAUGCCAAAAUAGCUGCUGCAGUGGCUGAGGAAACAAACCUACCCUUUGUGACAGCAGAGAACAAGUUUGAAGCUUUGGCAGCACAUGACGCUUUUGUUGAGAGCAGUGGUGCCGUAAAUACAAUUUCUGCAUCUCUUAUGAAGAUAGCAAACGACAUACGUUUGCUAGGAAGUGGUCCUCGGUGUGGUCUUGGUGAACUAAUCCUACCAGAAAAUGAGCCUGGGAGCAGCAUUAUGCCUGGGAAAGUUAAUCCAACCCAGUGUGAGGCUCUGACAAUGGUUUGUGCACAGGUUAUGGGUAAUCAUGUUGGUGUUACAAUUGGUGGUGCCAAUGGGCAUUUUGAACUGAAUGUUUUUAAGCCAAUGAUCGCAGCCGGAUUACUUCGAUCAUUGAGGUUGUUAGGGGAUGCAUCCGUGUCCUUUGAGAAAAAUUGUGUCAGGGGAAUUCAAGCAAACCACAAGAGAAUUUCACAACUUUUGCAUGAGUCUCUGAUGUUAGUGACAUCUUUGAACCCUAAAAUUGGCUAUGACAAUGCUGCAGCUGUUGCUAAGAAAGCCCACAAAGAAGGAACCACGUUGAAGAAAGCUGCAUUAGACCUUGGAGUAUUAACGGAGCAAGAAUUCCAUGAGCUUGUCGUCCCAGAGAAAAUGAUUGGUCCUUCUGAUUGAUAACCCCAUGUUCACUAUGUUUCUUUGAAGCAUUCAGGUUGCCACAUCCGCGAGUUCUGGUGGCCCUGUGUUUCCAAGUUAAUGAUUCUAGCGCAUCCAUAAAUAAAGCAAAUAAUUUUUCAUAUGGUCAUUAGGUCCUGACCGAAGUAGAGAAAUGUUUUUUGCAUGGCGGAUGGUAUCUGAGAAAACAGUUGUAUUCUUGUUCAAAUACGAGCAGUGCACUUUGAUUCAUGAGGCGCCUUCCAUUAUCUUGGCAUCAGUCAACCUUCUCUUGCCAAGUAGCUAAUGCUAUGUAACAAGUGACAUGGCAACCAUGUAUAGAAAUUAUUUGCAUGGGUUUGUGUUCGUGCCAGGUAGCUAAUGUUAUGUAAUAAGUGACAAGGAAACAAUGUCAUGAAUUAUUUGCAUUGGGUUAUGUUCUUGCCAGGUAGCUAAUGUUAUGUAAUAAGUGACAAGGAAACAAUGUCAUGAAUUAUUUGCA